CCCUCCUCUUGCUCUAGCGCCCCGGGGUUUGUGCGGCAUUUCGCUCUUUUAGGACUCAGACCCGCAUGCUCAGCUGGCCCAUUUGUCUCCGGUUUUCUCGGAUUGCGAGACUUCCAGAGUCCCGAUUUCCGACCGUAGGUUCCCUCGCGACACCCCGGCCUCGCUGCACCGGAGCGGCUUCCUUAGUCCCUGAUGCUUAGCCGUGAAGCCCCUGGGCCAGUUGCCAUCUGAACGGCAGUUGUCCCGGGACUGGCCAGGCGGGAGAGAUGCGAUGUUUAAAAUUCUUGUUUAGAGAACUCAUCCAUGAGCGUUACUUUUCCUUUUCCAGCGUUACGCUUUACGCUUUUCUUUAUCUUGCUCUACUGUCUGCCCGAGUCAUAAUUUCGGAAGUUAUCUGGAAUACACUAGGAAACAAGCAAUUUUGUUCUUUCAAAAUAAGAACCAAGACUCAGGGUUUCUGCAGAAAUGAAUACAGUCUGACUGGUCUGUGCAAUCGGUCGUCCUGUCCCCUGGCAAAUAGUCAGUAUGCUACCAUUAAAGAAGAGAAAGGACAGUGCUACCUGUACAUGAAGGUUAUAGAACGAGCAGCUUUCCCUCGGCGUCUCUGGGAACGGGUCCGGCUUAGUAAAAACUAUGAGAAAGCACUGGAACAAAUAGAUGAAAAUUUGAUUUACUGGCCCCGCUUUAUCCGACACAAAUGUAAGCAGAGGUUUACCAAGAUAACCCAGUACCUGAUUCGGAUCAGAAAACUUACACUGAAGCGACGGAAGAAACUUGUUCCUUUGAGUAAGAAGGUUGAACGAAGGGAAAAACGAAGAGAGGAAAAAGCAUUGAUAGCUGCCCAGCUGGACAAUGCUAUUGAGAAGGAAUUGCUGGAGAGACUGAAACAAGAUACGUAUGGCGACAUCUACAACUUCCCCAUCCAUGCCUUCGACAAGGCCCUGGAGAAACAGGAAGCAGGAAGUGACUCUGAGGAUGAGGAGGAAGAUGAGGAAGAUGAGGAAGAGGAUGGGAAAAGAGAGUUUGUAGAAGAUGAUGAGGUAGAAGAGAGUGACCUGAGUGACUUUGAGGAUAUGGAUAAACUGAAUACUGACAGUGAGGAAGACAAGGAUGAUGAAUCUUCCAAUGAAGAAGAGGCUCAUAAGGCCAAACACAAAGGCAAAGCACCCUUGAAAGGACCUUUGAAGAAGAAGCGGGCCUAUGUGGAAAUAGAGUAUGAACAGGAGACGGAGCCCGUGGCCAAAGUCAAAACCACAUGAGUUCCCUUCACACUUUUAUCCUGAAACAGUCAACACUGGCAGCUGUGUGUGUUCUCUUGUGUUCUAUUUCCUAAAGUAUUUAUACUGUUAAUAUUUACAUCACUUCAGUGGAGCAGAAAUCUGGAGUGAAAUAGGAAAGAGCCUUGAGUUGUAAUGGAGUAUUUUUAUAACACAUGUGCUGUGACAGCUUGAGCCCAUGGGACCUAACAGAUGAGUUCCUGGAGCUGGAAUGUCACUGGCUGUAAAUAUUUCUAAAUUACUUAGAAAUGUCAGUAUUUCAUUUUAUUUUUACAUGGACAAGUUAGAGGACAUAAAAAUCUCAACUUACAAUAUUUUAAUAUAAAAAUAGAUUUUUUAACCCCCAAAACUCCAUCCGUCUGAUCUGGGAUAAGAAGAGCAGCCUUUCCUUCUGGUUAGUCAUCUUGAAUGUCAUCGCUUGGAGAAUCUGCAGAGCCCUGCUGCACCUUCCUGAUGCAGCUCACCACUGUGCUGUCUUUACAGGAUAGCGAAAUUUUAGCCAGAAGACCCUGAAACAGAGCAAACAGGCAUUGAUUCCCUGCAGCCUUUACUCUUUUGUCACAUACUCAAAAGAGGAGAGACUGCCUCCAUCAGAACAGGUGUUACAUGGAACUGUCCCAUGCUUGUAAGUAAGGCUGGUCGGAAGAACCUCAUUCAUUCUAGCCAAAACAAGUUUAGUUGGACCUUCUGCUGGCAAACUGUCUAAUACAAGGGCUGCAGUGCAAUGGCCGAAUAAACUGAAAAACAGCAAGCCAUGUCCUAGCUCUACAUA